AUGGAAGUCUUUGGGGCUUUAGUCCUGGACAGAGGGAUCCUCCUGACUGAGGGAGAGACUGGCCACAGGAUAGAGAUGGAGCGUUACAUGGGAGAAAGCGCCGGCGCUCCAGCCAAUGCAACCAACACCACCGCCACCCCAGGAGCAGCCUUCCACGUUGAGCUGAUGACGGAACGGUUGGCCGUGGUGGCUCUGCUGGCGCUCGUGACGCUGCUGACGGCCGUGGUGAAUGGCGCUGUCAUCGCGGCCAUCUGCACCACCAAGAAGCUCCACCUCCCUGCAAACUACCUCAUCUGCUCCCUGGCCGUCACUGACUUCCUGGUGGCCGUGCUGGUCAUGCCCAUCAGCAUCCUCUACAUCACCACCGAGACGUGGUCACUGGGGCAGUUCGUGUGCGAGGCAUGGCUGAGCGUCGACAUAACCUGCUGCACCUGCUCUAUCCUGCACCUGUGCGUGAUCGCACUCGACCGCUACUGGGCCAUCACUAAAGCCAUCGAGUAUGCACGCAAGAGGACGGCCCGGCGCGCCGGCGUCAUGGUGGCCACAGUCUGGGUGAUUUCCAUCUUCAUCUCCAUUCCGCCUCUGUUCUGGAGGCAGCGCGGGGAUGGGACAGGCCCGCAGCAGUGCAUCAUCGAGCACGACCAUGUGGGCUACACCAUCUACUCCACAUUCGGUGCUUUCUACAUCCCCAUGACUCUCAUACUCAUCCUUUACUCCCGGAUUUACAGUGCCGCCAAGACGCUCUACCAGAAACGUGGCUCUUCCCGCCACCUCAGCAGCCGCAGCACCGACAGCACCAACUCGAUGAACCACUGCCGGGUCACGCACGCCUUCUGCGUCUCGGACGUGUCCAACUCUGACCACACCGUGGAGUUCGACCACAACCAUGCCACCGUCCGUGUGACUCCACUUGAUAUGGAGACGCCGGAGCUGGACGAGAGGAACCAGAUCUGUACGUCUCGGGAGAGGAAGGCAGCUCGGAUUUUGGGGCUCAUCCUGGGAGCCUUUAUCCUGUGCUGGCUCCCGUUCUUCCUGAAAGAGCUGCUGGUGGGCCUGAAUGUGCUGAACCCCUCGCCUCACCUGUCGGAUGCCCUCACCUGGCUGGGCUACGUCAACUCGCUCAUUAACCCGCUACUGUAUACAAGCUUCAACGAGGACUUUAAGCAGGCUUUCAAGAGACUGAUCAGGCGUAAGGAGCACACAUAG